UACGUGUGUGCGUACUAGGUUGUGUCAGUGUGGAUGUAUUACACUCCUCUUUAACAAUAUUUUUCUCAUUCUUCUUCUUCUUUUUGUGUCAUCUUUCACUCAUUCGCCAUUCUUGCUUUCUUUCUCCCAUCCCAUGCCGCCCUUCUUCAUCACAGAUUGCAGAUGAGAGUCUGUCUGUAUUCGGUGCAAGUUGUUCAUUUGCAUCAAGACGGCUGAAUCGCUUCACUUCUGCAGGUUCAUGUAGGACUUGGUAUUUGUUAGAAGAAUCUCACAACUUAUAUCUCUAGUCCAUAACAAUACCCUCAUCUCUUGGAACCCAAGUUUUACAAAAACUUGGUUUUGUUUAGUUGUACGAAACAAUCUCGAAGAGAGCAGCGGUUGGUUUACAGUUUUGAAACAAUAUGAGGCAAGCAGUAGCCUUCUUCACGGUACUCUUGUCUAUUGGGGGUUUCCUCUUGACAUGUAAUUUUGUGUCUAUGAUUGUACGUUACCAGAAAACCGGUCCUAUAAAAUUGGCAUCCAAUGAGAACCGGAAUAAACUUGUGAUGGAUCCUCUGGUUGAGAUGCCAGAGCAUGUGAAAAGAUCGAGGGUUGAAAGGCGAGCUUUUCAUGUCGCCCUCACAGCCACCGAUAGGCCUUACAGCAAAUGGCAGUGCCGUAUAAUGUACUACUGGUACAAGAAGAAGAAGGAUUUGGCUGGAUCAAAUAUGGGUAAGUUCACUAGAAUUCUUCAUUCUGGGAGUGCAGACAACCUUAUGGACGAGAUUCCCACAGUCGUGGUUGAUCCUCUUCCCCCAGGUUUGGACCAGGGUUAUGUUGUCUUAAAUAGGCCUUGGGCUUUUGUGCAAUGGCUGGAGAAGUCGACAAUUGAAGAAGAAUAUAUAUUGAUGGCAGAACCUGAUCAUAUAUUUCUAAAACCACUGCCUAGUUUGGUUUACGAAGAAUAUCCUGCAGCAUUCCCCUUUUUCUAUAUCAAACCUGCAGAAAAUGAGAAAAUCAUUCGCAAGUUUUUCCCCGAGGAGAUGGGUCCAGUAUCAAAUAUUGAUCCCAUUGGAAAUUCUCCAGUUAUAAUUAAAAAGGAUUUGCUGGAGAAAAUUGCACCUACCUGGAUGAAUGUCUCUUUGAAAAUGAAAAAUGAUCCGGAGACGGAUAGUACGUUUGGAUGGGUGUUGGAAAUGUAUGGGUAUGCUGUGGCCUCUGCUCUUCACGGGGUGCAGCAUAUUCUUCGGAAAGACUUCAUGUUGCAGCCGCCUUGGGACUUGGAAACGAAAAACAAGUUUAUUCUUCAUUACACUUAUGGGUGUGACUACAGCUUAAAGGGUGAAUUAACUUACGGCAAAGUUGGAGAGUGGCGUUUUGAUAAGCGAUCCUAUCUUGAUGCACCUCCACCUCGAAAUCUGCCGUUGCCUCCUCCUGGCGUCCCUGAAAGUGUGGUUACUCUUGUAAGGUUGGUGAACGAAGCUACCGCUAACCUUCCCAAUUGGGAAACAACAGAAGAAGUUAAGAAUAACUCUAGUUUUCGGAGAAGUUGACACCGAUCAACCUUGCAUUUUGGUUCACAAUGGUAAUGUAGGAGAAAUAACCGGGCGUCGAGGCGCAUAGUUUCUGAGUAGCUAUGUAAGGCUUUUUAAGUGUUCUUCUCCACAGUGCUUGCAGUUUCUGAUCAGGUAGCAGCUACAGAUUUUUUUCACUUGGCCGGCCAGUUAGAAUUUUUACUGAUAUAUAUUUCCUUAUUCUAUGUGAAUAUGAAGUGGCCCAUUUAUGUAACAAUUUAAUCUUCGGUUGAUAUAACUUGGUAAGUGUCCAAGUCAUUUUAUUUGAGUUUGUAUGAAUUAUCAUUAUGAGAAUAAUAUAUUGCAUCGCAUGCAUGUUCUUUUGUUGUA